UCGAGACCACGUGAGAUAGCGCGGCGUGACCAAGCGUGUUCAUUGUGCUGCUGAACCUCGCGACGUUCAGACGUGACUUAUUGUCCGUGGCGAAUAGUUUUCUAUAUUUUACGCACAGCAUGGCUGGACAACCGACUGAGCACGGCGAGUUGACCCUGAGCCCGGAGGAUGAAGAUCUGUUUGCUCUCCUCUCACCAUCCUGUAAGUUGAAUAGUCCUCGGGGCUCAGGGUCUCUUGACGGGCUCUCUGGGUUUCCACCCGCGCAGCCUGGUGGUGGCCAGGAAUGGCGCACAAAAACAGGUAAUACUGUUAGUAAAAAAGGGAAGUUUCCUCAGAAUAAAAAACGAAGCUAUGAGGAGAACACGAACGAGUCGCAGUUGGAUAAUUCCGAAACUGUACACAAAUGUUCCCCAGACAUAAUGGCUUUAGGCCAAAUGAUGAAAGGUGCAAUGGAAUCAAUGCAGACAAGCUUCACUAAACAAUUCCAAGAAUUUACCCAAAUGUUCAUGGCCGUGCAGCCACAGUCUAAUGACGAGGCUGAGAGCGAAUCUGCUCACAAAGUAAUGUCGCCGAAACGGCGAAAAAUGGAUGGUGGAAAUACUAGCCACUAUGACCAUGAGUCUAGCGUUGCAAGACUACUUGAGGAAACAAACCCUGAUACCGCCAGCACAACUGCUGCAACAUCAGAAAAUAAUUCUGAACAAAACGAGUUACUUGCAAAUAUUGCACAAGAUUUUCAGAUAGAUGAACAAACUUCUGAUGCAGUACAUGCCCAGUUGGCAUCAAUUGCAAACUCUAUAAUGCGGGACAAAUUGUCCGACGACAAAGUAAAAGACAUGUAUAAAACCUAUAACAGACCAAAGAACUGUGAAAAGGUGAUCCCAACAAAAGUGAACAAACUCAUUUGGGACAAUAUGUCGAGCAGUACCCGCUCCCAGGAUGUCAAAUUUCAAAAAAUUCAGACAUCCGUCAUUAAGUCAGUUGUACCUGUGCUUCAGCUUUCGGAACAACUGCUUCAAGCAUCCAAAAAGAAGGAGCUUGAUAAACUUGACAUAAAACCACUGCUGCGUAAUGCAACAGAUGCGAUCGCACUAAUGGCUAAUGCCAAUUAUCAGUUGAAUAUGCGACGCAGGGAAUUUAUCAAGCAAGAUAUUAAUCCCAAUUUUAAACAUCUUUGUGAUACUACUGUUCAGUUCACUGAACAACUUUUUGGGGAUGACCUACCCAAACAAGUCAAAGAUAUGUCAGAAGUGAAUAAGGUUGGCUUAAAAUUGGCAAUCAGUUCCCGUGGGGGACGUGCGAGAGGUCGGUCGGGGCACAGGUCAUAUGACAGAGGUGGCCACCAGUACCGGGGCGCAAGAGGCGCUGCAGGCCGGGGUUUUUUGUACUCCCGCCCGUACAACAGCCGCCAAUCUUGGCACAGCGGCAAGCAGUCGAACAAGAACAAGUAAAACAGGAGCAUGAUCGCCAGGUGCCUUCAGAAGGUAGAUCAAGAAGAGGCAGAAGGGGUGCUGAUUUUCCCGCUCUGGACAACCCAAUCGUGGUUUCCCAAGCUCAUGGCGAUGUUAGUAGACAAGCCAGUACUGCUGCCAAGACACAGGGACAUGAUGACCCUACCAAGCAGCGAUCAACUUCAUCCUCUACGGAACAAGCUUCGGCUGGUUGCCUGCCACUUAUCAGGAAAUCCUUCCAAAUGCAAAAUGUUUCUCAACAAGCAACCGAAAUCCUCAUGGCCUCAUGGCGAGAGGGAA